UCCCCCCACCCCCCACCCCCGGCUGAUUUGUUUUUCCCAUUGGAAGGCAUCGCUGAUUCCUCGGGCUGCCCCACGGAGAUAUGGCCAUGGUGGCUGGAGGCUGGGGAGACCCGAACGGAGACACCAACGGGGUGGACAAGGGUUACCCCAGGACCUCCGAAGAGGACUCGGUGUCGCCCCAAGGUGGGGUGAGCGACCAGGAGCACGGGGACGAGGACAAACCGGGCAUCCAGGUGGACUGCACGGUGUGCGGGGACAAGUCCAGUGGGAAGCACUACGGGGUCUUCACCUGCGAGGGCUGCAAGAGCUUCUUCAAGCGGAGCAUCCGGAGGAACCUGAGUUACACCUGCAGGUCUAACCGAGACUGUCAGAUUGACCAGCACCACCGCAACCAGUGCCAGUACUGCCGCCUGAAGAAGUGCUUUCGCGUGGGAAUGAGGAAAGAAGAACUAGUAAAAGCUGCUCACCAGCUGCCUAGAAAACCAGCUGUCCAGAGAGGCAGGAUCCCCCCCACCCACUCCAGCACCAGCCCGAACGCCAUGCCCAGCGGGGAGUAUUACAACGGACAGCCGGUCUCGGAACUCAUCUCCCAGCUGCUCCGGGCGGAGCCCUACCCGACUGCCCGCUACGGCUCGCAGUACGCCCAGCAGGGCAGCGUGAUGGGCAUCGACAACAUCUGCGAGCUGGCGGCCAGGCUGCUCUUCAGCACGGUGGAGUGGGCCCGGAACAUCCCUUUCUUCCCCGAACUGCCGGUCUCGGACCAGGUGGCCUUGCUGCGUUUGAGCUGGAGUGAGCUGUUCGUCCUCAACGCCGCGCAGUCGGCCCUGCCGCUGCACAUGGCCCCCCUGCUGGCCGCGGCCGGCUUCCACGCCUCCCCCAUGUCCGCCGACCGCGUGGUGUCCUUCAUGGACCAGAUCCGGAUAUUUCAGGAUCAGGUGGAAAAACUGAACAGGCUGCAAGUGGAUUCUGCUGAAUACAGCUGCCUGAAGGCCAUAGCCCUCUUCACGCCAGAUGCCUGCGGCCUCUCGGACCCUGCCCACGUGGAGAGCUUGCAAGAGAAAGCUCAGGUGGCCCUGACCGAGUACGUCCGGGCCCAGUACCCGUCUCAGCCCCAGCGCUUUGGCAGACUCCUGCUGCGGCUCCCGGCGCUCCGGGCGGUGCCGGCUUCGCUCAUCUCUCAGCUCUUCUUUAUGAGACUGGUGGGGAAGACGCCCAUCGAAACACUAAUUAGGGACAUGCUGCUGUCUGGGAGCACGUUCAACUGGCCUUACGGGACAGGGCAAUAG